CUGAGUAGUCCAAUACCUAGCCUCUUCGUCAUAAUAGUUAGCGUUCAAAGACACGCUUUAAAUUCAAGCCCAAACACGGUACCGAACAUUUUUGUUCUUCAAAAGUCUUUUUCGUUCCUCUCUCUAACUGUUCUUUCUUGGCAGCUGACAGAGUUAGUCAAUCGCUGGCACUAAGGUUUACCAGCUAUACCGCAGAGACUCUCUCUCUCGCUCUUCAUUUGGUUGGAACCAAAGUUUUGUGGUUAAAUGAAUAAAUCAGAGAAAGGAAGGGAGCGGCUCAAAGCAAUACGCAUGGAAGCUGCUCACGCUGAAAACUCUAAUAAUGUUGUAUUUGCUUCUAUGCCUUGUAACCUCGCCAACCCAUUGGUUGACACCUCUACAGCUAUGUCUCUGAAUGAAGGAUCUUGUGCUACUUCUAGGUUUGACUUUUACACGGACCCUAUGGCAGCAUUCUCGGCUGACAAGAAAAGGAACAAUGCUGGUGUUUCAAAUUGCUAUGUGUUCAAGAGCCGUUUACAGGAGUAUGCGCAAAAAGUAUCACUACCUACGCCUGUAUAUGAGACUAUCAAAGAAGGUCCUUCCCAUGAGCCUUCCUUUAGGUCAACAGUGAUUGUAAACGAUGUCAGAUAUAAUUCUUUGCCUGGAUUUUUCAAUCGAAAGGCAGCAGAGCAAUCAGCUGCUGAAGUUGCACUCAUGGAAUUAGCUAAAUCUGUGGAUAUUGAUGCAUGCAUCUCUCAACCAGUUCAUGAAACUGGAUUAUGCAAAAACCUGCUUCAGGAAUAUGCACAGAAGAUGAACUAUGCCAUCCCACUAUAUCAAUGCCAAAAGAUUGAAGCUCCUGGUCGAGUACCUCAUUUUUCAUGUACUGUUGAGAUUGGAGGGAUUCGUUAUAUUGGAGCUGCAGCAAGAACCAAAAAGGAGGCCGAGAUAAAAGCUGCUAGAACUGCUCUUUUAGCUAUUCAAUCGAGCACAUCUGAGUCCUUUGAGAAGUCAAUUGGCAACAGACAGUUGACUGUGAUUCCCUGCAAAAAACGUGCAGCAGAAUCGUGUAUUGUUCCCCAGGAGAAUGCGAAUGUUCCAAAGACUAAGAAAGCACGACAUAAGAAGAUGAAGUUGAAAAAGAAACUCUCUGAUGAUAAGGUAUUCCAAACUCAAUUUCAAAAUGCAAAAAAGUUGGCUUCGAAGACGAAUAAGGGAAAAGAGUCAAACUGUGAACCUAAUGCAUCCGUAUUGGGUUGUAAACAAUUGGCUACAGAACCUAUGACAAACCCCCAUGAUGUAAAGGGCCAAAGCGAGAAAGUAAAGUCUGUUGUUGAAGGUACUUUGGUUCCCAACAUGGAUGGUAAUUCCGCAAAUGAGCAGCCGACAGUUUUGGAUUUCAAUGUAAGCAGUGACGGGAUCGUAACAAUGUAUUGUGGAGACACAACUCUGUGUUCAAACAAGGCCAAUGAGGUGUCUGGAUUUGGAGAAGUGGUUUUGCCCGUAAACAAUUCUUCUGUGGAUCAGCCAAAGGCUUCAAGUAUGGUUGGUUUAGACCAGGUAGAGUAGAAGAAGAUUCAAGCUGUCCAUGUUAGGACCUAGAACAAAGAGGGAUUUAACUUCUUUGUAAUCUGUCUUUUAUGGACCAAAUAAGAGAAUGUCUUUUAUGGACCAAAUAAGAGAAAUUUGGAGUCUCUUUUGCAGUAUUAAAGUAGGAAGUUUAGGUUUUGAUAGGUUAAAAAGAUAGUAUAAAAGGGAUAUAUUUGCAAUCCUCUGACAUUUGCUUGCAUAUCAUAGAAGAUUUUGGAUUAAUUUACAGAAAAUCAAUGUUACAAUUCAGAAUUACCACAUUUGGUAUUUUAGAGUAGUCAAAUCUCUUUCGUGUACCUGCUUGAGUACUUGUUUAUUGUAGUAGUGUCAUUUUCAUUUCAUGUUUUUCUGUUUUA